GAUAAGGCAGCCGCCUACAUGAAAACAUGUAACUUUGGAAUGUGUUUCACCGAGAAAAUUAGUGUUUUGAGAUUAUCGCCCCGGUAUGAGCACUUAAAGUCUGUACGAGCCGAAUUUCAACCGGAACAUUCGUGACGCACGCGUUGUGUUGCGUGUUUUUACGCGUGUGCAGCGGUAGGCGCCUUUCGCCUUAUGAGAACCCUUUUUGACGUUGCCUCGUGAAAGAAACCCGUGGUUCUCAAUCGUGAAUGAUGGCGUACUCAGAGAAGCGCAGGACGCCCACUGCAACAACGAUGGCCUUGCAACCGAUCAUCAGUUCAGUGCAGCGAAUGGCCCUUUACGAGACGAAACUGAAGUAUUACCUAGUCGGCUCGAAUAACACGCAAACCAAGUUUCGCGUGUUGGAGAUUGACCGGACGGAAACUAAUAAGCUGCUUGUAUUUGAUGACAAGGUUGAGUACAACAAUCGAGAGAUACGGGAAUUCCUCAGUGAAAUUAAUCAAGGAAAAAAGAUGCCCAAAACAGGACAGAAGGGUGGCUCUGGCCUCAACAGAACAGUGUCUGCAUUUGGCAUAGUUGGUAAGCUACUCAUUCUGCAUCAGUCGUGCUUCGACUCUAUUCUAUCCGGUAGUGGUAAAACAGCAGCAUCUAUUUCAGGUUUUGUGAAGUUCCUGGAAGGAUACUACAUUAUACUGAUCACGAAGAGGAGACGCAUCGCCAUUGUGGGGCAUCACACAAUUUACAAAGUGGAGGACACGCGCAUGGUCUACCUGCCAAACAACACUGACCACAGUAUUCAUCCUGAUGAAAACAGAUAUGUGAAAAUUUUCCAGAAUGUCGACUUGUCCAGCAAUUUUUACUUCAGCUACAGCUAUGACCUGACGCACACGCUGCAAUACAACCUUACUCCACUUGCCUGCAUUGUUCCCAAGAAACCAACAACAUUCAGGAGUGAGUCGGAAGACUCUCUGUCCUCGUCGAGAGUUUCUGAAGUGGAAGUGGCCGACACCUGGGACUUGCUUCCCAUUGAUGACUCCUACAAGCCUACAUACAAACUUCCUGGAAGGCGAUUUCGAAGUGUCGGCAAGGAGGCCAGCAUAGAAAAUCCGUCAAACAUUGUGUUCAGUAACUUGUCUGACGGCACAUGCUUUGCUGGACGUACAAAACCUAACUGGAGGUAUGUGUGGAAUUCUUACCUCCUGGAACCAGUGGAACUCCACACAGAUUGGCUUCUUUAUGUUACGCAUGGUUUUGUUGGUCAGACCAAUAUUAGUGUGUAUGGCCGUCCCAUAUAUCUCACUCUCAUUGCCCGCCGUUCCCAGAAGUUUUCAGGAACAAGGUUUCUGAAGAGGGGUGCCAACUGUGAGGGCGACGUUGCCAAUGAAGUGGAAACGGAGCAAAUCGUCCAUGAUUCCUCGGUGUCCUCCUUCACAAGUGGCAAUUUCACUUCAUUUGUGCAAGUCCGGGGUUCAAUUCCUUUCAGCUGGUCACAGGACAUCUCCAAGAUGGUUCCUAAGCCAGCAAUUAACUUGGACCUUGUGGACCCGUACUGUUUCGCAGCAGGUCGGCACUUCAACCUGCUGCUGCGGCAGUAUGGUGCACCCGUCGUCGUUCUCAAUUUGGUGAAGAAGCGUGAGAAGCGCCGCCACGAGAGCCUCCUAAGCGACCCCUUUUUGGACAGCAUCGAUUACCUUAACCAGUUUCUCCCUCGUUCCCACCACAUUGCCUACCUGGCGUUCGACAUGGCUAGAAACAACAAAUUAAAAGAAGCCAAUGUGAUGGGCCGCCUGUCAGACAUUGCGCACCACAUCCUGCGCAAGACAGGCAUAUUCCACACUCACGGCAGCCAGGUUGGCCCCCUGCCUACGCCAUACAUGUUGGGAGGUGCCAUGACCACCUACGGAGCACGGCUGCAGACGGGCGUUGCGCGUGUCAACUGUGUUGACUGCUUGGAUCGCACCAACACGGCCCAGUUUGCCCUCGGGAAGUGUGCCCUGGCUUUUCAGCUGAAUGCUCUUGGUGUCCUUCCAAAGCCGGACCUGGUUUUUGACACCGACAGUGUUCGCAUGUUGGAAGUUCUCUAUGAGGACCAUGGUGACACCCUGGCCCUGCAGUAUGGUGGUUCUCAGCUGGUCCAUCGUGUGAAGACAUACCGCAAGAUUGCACCCCUUUCUUCACACUCCAGGGACAUAAUGCAGACCCUCUCUCGCUACCUCAGCAAUACAUUCUCGGAUGCUGACAAACAGAAUGCCAUAAACCUUUUUCUUGGGGUCUACCGGCCCUACGAGCAUAACUUUGCACUUUGGGACCUCACGACAGACUACUACUUGCAUAAUUCCAUCCCAGCUGGCAGGCUACUGUGCCACCGCAACCCUUACACUUGCUGGUUUGAUGAAGAAGUUCCCAUGUCUCUGCCAUUUGCUGUUGAAGAAGUGCUGAAGUACCACGGCAAGUCCCUUCUGGAAGUGAUGAAACUGGAGGCCACCAACGAGAAGGUGGAUGGCUUUGUGGAGCUCUACAGGCCAUAUGAGAUGUCAAGCCUCAACGACCUUUUUAUGUAUAACCUGAGCCAUUCUGUCAGGGACAUCAUGCCAAACUCUGCCACGGACUACAGCCCAUUUUCAGUGCGGAUCAGGCCCGGAAAGCAUCGAGAAAGUGCUGGCGGCAACAAGCCCCCCAAUCCUUCUGUGACUGGCAUCUCAUCGACCAUGUCCACUUCCAGUGGUGCCAGUGACUCGGACAGCUCAGUUUCGAGCGAUGCAGACCCAGAGUUUAUGGUUGAGAGUGAUGAGUCAUCCUCAAAUGAUCUGUCACAAAAGCCUUUCACAUUCGAGUCCGUCUUUCAGACAAUGCAGCAGACUUAUGGCAGAGAGAUACAUGAGCCUUCGCCCAAGGACCUUACCAUAUACAAGAGGUUUGUAACACUGGGAAGAAUGUCAGGAAUGACUUGCAAGAAUGAUGCCAGUAACAUCUCAACACCAAAGAGAUCCCUGCAGUUGAUAAGGCAGAGUGCUUUCACCAUUGACUCCGUCUAUGAAGUCAGCCCACCCCUGGUUCCUCGGUCAUCGAGAGAUAUCUACCAAGUCUACGUCCAAAAGGGAAAACCGGGGCACCGAUGCCUAACCAGCAUUCGCUUGUUACAUACCAGAGAUUUGUAGCAAGCAAAUAUCACUAGA